CGGCUCCGGGGCGCGGGCGGCGACGGUGGCGGCGGCCCGACUGCAGUCCCGGCGGGAGCGGAGCGAGCCGGGGCCGGGCCCGAGCCGGCGCCAUGGGGCGGCGCCGCCAGUGAGCCGCGGCGAGCGGAGCCGCGGGCGCCGAGCGGGGCCGGGCGGGCGGCGGCGCCCGAGGCCGACGGAGCGGCCGGGCCGGGCCGAGCGCGCCGAGCCGAGCGGAGCGGAGCCGAGCGGCGGGAGAGGCCGCCGCCGCCGCCAAGAUGGCGGACCUGGAGGCGGUGCUGGCCGACGUGAGCUACCUGAUGGCCAUGGAGAAGAGCAAGGCCACGCCGGCCGCGCGCGCCUCCAAGAAGAUCCUGCUGCCCGAGCCCAGCAUCCGCAGCGUCAUGCAGAAGUACCUGGAGGACCGGGGUGAGGUGACCUUCGAGAAGAUCUUCUCCCAGAAACUGGGGUACCUGCUCUUUCGAGACUUCUGCCUGAAACACCUGGAGGAGGCCAAGCCCUUGGUGGAGUUCUACGAGGAGAUCAAGAGAUACGAGAAGCUGGAGACGGAGGAGGAGCGCCUGGCCUGCAGCCGGGAGAUCUUCGACACCUACAUCAUGAAGGAGCUGCUGGCCUGCUCGCACCCCUUCUCGAAAAGUGCCACUGAGCAUGUCCAGGGCCACCUGGUGAAGAAGCAGGUGCCUCCAGAUCUCUUCCAGCCGUACAUCGAAGAGAUUUGUCAGAACCUCCGAGGGGAUGUGUUCCAGAAAUUCAUCGAGAGCGAUAAAUUCACACGGUUUUGCCAGUGGAAGAAUGUGGAGCUCAACAUCCACCUGACCAUGAACGACUUCAGCGUGCACCGCAUCAUUGGUCGAGGAGGCUUCGGCGAGGUCUAUGGGUGCCGGAAGGCCGACACGGGCAAGAUGUACGCCAUGAAGUGUCUGGACAAGAAGCGCAUCAAGAUGAAGCAGGGGGAGACCCUGGCCCUGAACGAGCGCAUCAUGCUGUCCCUCGUCAGCACCGGGGACUGCCCAUUCAUCGUCUGCAUGUCCUAUGCCUUCCACACGCCAGACAAACUCAGCUUCAUCCUCGAUCUCAUGAACGGCGGGGACCUGCACUACCACCUGUCCCAGCACGGGGUCUUCUCCGAGGCCGACAUGCGCUUCUACGCGGCCGAGAUCAUUCUGGGCUUGGAGCACAUGCACAACCGCUUCGUCGUCUACAGGGACCUGAAGCCGGCCAACAUCCUGCUGGACGAGCAUGGCCACGUGCGCAUCUCAGACCUGGGCCUGGCCUGCGACUUCUCCAAGAAGAAGCCCCACGCCAGUGUGGGCACCCAUGGGUACAUGGCCCCCGAGGUGCUGCAGAAGGGUGUGGCCUACGACAGCAGUGCGGACUGGUUCUCCCUGGGCUGCAUGCUCUUCAAACUGCUGCGGGGGCACAGUCCCUUCCGGCAGCACAAGACCAAAGACAAGCAUGAGAUUGACCGCAUGACAUUGACAAUGGCUGUGGAGCUGCCCGACUCCUUCUCCCCCGAGCUCCGUUCCUUGCUGGAGGGGCUACUGCAGAGGGAUGUCCACCGGAGACUGGGCUGCCUGGGCCGAGGGGCCCAGGAGGUGAAGGAGAGUCCCUUCUUCCGCUCCCUGGACUGGCAGAUGGUCUUCUUGCAGAAGUACCCUCCCCCGCUGAUCCCCCCACGAGGGGAGGUGAACGCUGCUGAUGCCUUCGACAUUGGCUCCUUUGAUGAGGAAGACACAAAAGGAAUCAAGUUACUGGACAGCGACCAGGAACUCUACCGCAACUUCCCCCUCACCAUCUCCGAGCGGUGGCAGCAAGAGGUGGCAGAGACUGUCUUUGACACCAUCAAUGCCGAGACAGACCGGCUAGAGACCCGAAAGAAAACCAAAAACAAGCAGCUGGGCCACGAGGAAGACUACGCCCUGGGCAAGGACUGCAUCAUGCACGGCUACAUGUCCAAGAUGGGCAACCCCUUCCUGACUCAGUGGCAGCGGCGGUACUUCUACCUGUUCCCCAACCGGCUCGAGUGGCGGGGCGAGGGCGAGGCCCCGCAGAGCCUGCUGACCAUGGAGGAGAUCCAGUCGGUGGAGGAAACGCAGAUCAAGGAGCGAAAGUGCCUCCUCCUCAAGAUCCGCGGUGGUAAACAGUUCGUCCUGCAGUGCGACAGUGACCCGGAGCUGGUGCAGUGGAAGAAGGAGCUGCGUGACGCCUACCGUGAGGCCCAGCAGCUGGUGCAGCGGGUGCCCAAGAUGAAGAACAAGGCCCGCUCGCCCGUGGUGGAGCUGAGCAAGGUGCCGCUGGUCCAGCGCGGCAGUGCCAAUGGCCUCUGACCCCCCCACCCGCCCGCCCGCCUUUUAUAAACCUCUAAUUUAUUUUGUCGAAUUUUUAUUAUUUGUUUUCCCGCAAAGCGGAAAAGGUUUUAUUUUGUAAUUAUUGUGAUUUCCUGUGGCCCCAGACCCCAGGGAGGGGCCCGCUUGCCUUGGCUCCUGCUGCCACCAACCCAGCCACUGUCCAGCCACCCGUCAGCCCUGAAGCCCCAGGGAUUACCUGCUCCCAGUGUCUUCCUGUGGAGGGGAGAGCAGCAGCCCCAGCAGUCCCCCGCCCCUUCCUGGGGGUAGUGCCACCUCCGGCUCCGGGCUGUGCUCUGUGCCAACAGCACGGUGGGGUGGCUCAGCACAGGAAUGCUACCUGGAUUUUUCCGCUUCGGCCCUCCUAUGACAGAGACACAGCCCUGCACUGUCCUGCCUCCAGCCAGUUGGUGAGGAGGAGCCCGUGGUCCCCCUGACGCCAGCGCCGUCCAGUGAUCUGGACUCCUGCACUCUCACUUGGGGGGCGCCCGUCACUGGCUGCCGCCGUUCCCACCUUCCCUGGGCACUGGGGCUCGGCCAGGAGGGUGGCGUUGGCAGCAGGUGCUGUUGCUGUCAUGGCAGCCCCGCCCUUCCUCCCACUCCGAGCUCCCAGGCUCCAGGACCACAGAAAGGCAACCCUGGGCUGUGCCACCCUGGCCUAGCCUGGGCCUGAGGUCCCCAGCCCCUGCCCCCAUCCGUACCGGGGCCUCGCCCUUGCCCCGUCACUCUGGACUGGGCAAGGCCUUGUCUGCCCAGGACCACAGGGGCCAGCCUGGGUGGACUGGGCUGCACAGCGAGAGGGGCCGCUUGGGCCAGCCCUCGCCACCCCAGGAUCGUCAGUGUGCCCCAUGGGCUGUCCAGCCCCCAGCCACAUGUCCUGUCAGUGCCACUACCCACAGGGCGCCACCUCACCCGCCGCAUGCCCCCUCGUGCCAGUCACGCUGCCAUGUGUGGUGUCGCGCCUUCUUCCCCAAGGGCUGGGUUGGCUCAACCUCCCCUCCCAUCUGCUCACUCCCUGGGGCAUUUCUUUGCCGAUUUUUGAAUGUGAUUUUAAAGUGAAAAAAUGAGAUUAUGCGUUUUUAUAAAAAAAUGGUGCCUGA